GCAAUUGCUAUAUAACCACCAUGUUCAGCCCACGCGCAGCAUUACGGCCCCAAUCCCGCGUCCUCAGCGCACCAACGCGCCCAAUAUCCCGAAUCCCCAGCUCCCCCACCCCUCUCCCGCGAUAUACCAGCACCAUCGCCUACGCGAACGUACCCUCCAAACGCUCAAUAUGGCUGCGCCGUCUAGUCUAUGCCACAAUAUUCGGCGGGCUAGGUAUGCUCGCGGGACAGCGGAUUGAAGAGAAAGUAGCCGCACCGCCGGUGCCGGGGUCACUGGAGGAUAAAAUUGUCAUGGAGGAAUUGCUCCGGAUAUAUGAGAAGGCUACUCCGAUUGUUAUGGAGUUAAGGAGUAAUCCGGAUUAUGAGGAGUCGAAUGUUUACCAGAACUAUUCGGAGGAGGAGAAUAAGCAUCGGUUGACGGCGGGGCCAUUGAGGGGGAGUAGGGGGUUGGCGCUGCAGAAAGUAUUCUAUAACCGCAAAGAGCAAGAAUCCAUCAGCGUCGUCUUCCUAGGCGAAGGCACUGAAGGCUGGCCCACAAUCACUCAUGGCGGCGCCCUCGCAACCGUCAUCGACGAAAACCUAGGCCGCGUGGCACUACGCAGCUUCCCCGGGAAAACCGGCGUCACUGCAAACUUGCAGCUCAAUUACCGCGCCCCCGUGUACUCGGGUCAUUUUUACACUUUCCAUUCGAGACUGGAUCGGGAGAGGACUACGGAGAGGAAGGCUUAUGUUACGGGGGAGGUUAGGGAUCCGUUGGGUGGACUUUGUGUUGAGGCGAGUGCGCUUUUUGUUGUGCCAAAGAAGUUGAAGCUUAAGGAGCUUGGGGAGGAGUAUUGAUGUUGGGUUGUGGUUGAUUCAUCGCUAUGCUGGUAUACCCAAUAUUUCGCUUCAUGGGUGGAGGGCGGGUAUCGUCCGAUUUGAUCUUGUUUCUCAGGGCGCAGAACUACCGGAAAUAUGCUCUUAACGCACUUGGGGCUUUUUACUAUCUUCUUUAUACAUAAUUCAGAACUAUAGGCCAUUAGGGUGCAUUGAUACUGCUGAUAUCACCGCAUGAAAAGUUCAAAGCAUACAUAUUAGGACGAAGAACAAAGAUUAUCAUAUUUGCAA